AUGCCUCGCACGGAUGAGGCGGAGUGGUGGUUCAACGCCGUCUACGCCGCGGUCCAGGAGAUCCCGCCUGGCAAGGUUACGUCCUACGGACAUAUUGCGCGUUUACUCGGGGAGCCACAACGGUCCCGCCAGGUCGGAAUGUGCUUGAAGUAUCUGCCACCGGAGAGCGACGAUGAGCAGCAGCAACAGCAGCUGUAUCACAACGGCAACGUGCCGUGGCAGAGGGUGAUCAAUUCGAAGGGCAUGAUCUCGCCGCGAGGCCCGGGAUCGGCCGCGCGACAGGCGGCGGCGCUCGAGGCGGAAGGUAUCGCAGUGGAGCGCAACAGCAUGGGCGAAUAUCGCGUCGAUUUCGCGGACUAUGGGUGGUUUCCUAGGCAUUUACCGGGACACGACAGUAGUGACGAUGAAGGUGAGGAAGAAGCUGUAGCUGUGUGA